UACCGAAUGAUUUUAAAAUCCGAACAACGUUCGAAAGUGGGUGGGUGGGUCAGAAGGCUGUUCGAAUUAGAAAUCAUUUGAUCACUGCGCAUGCGCAGAUUUCUUUAUUGUCCAGUGGUGAUGAAAAAGCAGCUGACUCUCUUUGGUGUACGGAAGAGGAAGAGAGAGCCUUUCUUCCAACGCAGUGCAGAUGACAGUGAUUACACACGAGUGAUCGAAACUCUGUGGCAGCAAGAUGCUGGACAGCGCACUCGCAAGGACUUCUUCAAGUGGGCGCAAGGCCAAUGGCGUGACAAGUACUCGAAGGACAGGAAGGCAAGAGAUGAUGUGAUAGCCAAGAGCGUUGGAGUCCAACAGGGAAUGGACAAUGCGGACGAGAAGGCGGCGACGACUGGUUACUUCCGGCGAUUGGAUGAACCGGAACCGAAGCGUUCACACCUAUCUUGUCAUGGCCGUCAUGACCAGGUUAGUAUGGUCGCUUCGGUAUCCACAGAUGGCGACGACAUAGAGGUAGCUAGUGGAGGGCCCGAAGCAGAGUUCUUGAAUGCUAUUGGCAUGGGGGUUGUUUGAUGACACCUCGGCCAAGCAACAAUCAUGAGGGUCAUUACUGUACUUUCCUCGAAGCUGCACUGAUGGAGGAUAUGGGUUGCAAGCCCCUCCAACUAGAUUAUGGUUUGCCGUCUCUUCUAGGAAAGGUCAACCAUGUCUGUGAACUUUGCAAUCGGUAUGUUUUCCAAUCUGAGGCAGAUAGGACACGCCACUUGCAAAGGAUUCAUAACCGUUCAAAGAGAAAAGAGGCUGUCCAGGCACACACAGAACAGCAGGCUGCACCUAAACCCUCUCACAAUUGUACAUACACUGGCUGUGGCCACAUAUUCAGCACCCAGUACCAACUACAACGCCACAAACAAGAGACAGGGCACAAGUGCAGGGCUGGAAGAAAGAAGAAGGGAACAUGCUGACUCUAUAGUCUAUUAAACUGUUUAGUAGAGUACACGAUGUGAUUUUGUUCGAUAAAUAGAAGUGGGUACAGCGUAUAAUAGCUGCGAGGAGAAAUUGUUUCAUGACUAUGGACAGCUGUUAGGAUUAGGUAGGUGGGUGGGUGGGUAAGAAGAAAUUCUAACGUUGUUCGGAUUUUAAAAUCAUUCGGUAACUACGGACGGCCCC